UCAAGCCCCAGUCUCCUACAUUGCAGGCAGUUCCUUUAGUGUCUCAGCCACCAAGGAAGCUCACAUAAAGAUUUAAUAAAUGGUUUAUUCCUCUGAGUUCCAGUUGACUUAGAUUUUUUUUUUUCUUUUUCUCCAUGAUCUUUGAGGAGAACCAAGAUCAUCAGAGCUCUAUGGUCUGUGAGGACAACCAAGAUUAUCAAACCUGCUCCAUGAGUGUGCAGUGCACAGAAACAAAUUCCAGAAUAGACUUUUAACCUGGGACAUAUAGAUGGAUUCAGAUCAUUGUAUAGAACAAAAACUCCAACUUUGUUUUUAUUAUACUACAACCAAACCUUAGCAUUUCCUCCUAUUCUGAAUGCAGGCAACAAACAGUCUGGGUGACAGAACCUGAGCUAUAUUCAUAUCAAGUCGCAGUAGCAGCUGUCAAUCUCCAUCUCUCAUAUUGUUUAAAUAUAUUACACCUUCUAAACUUGGUCAUAUGGGUAAUCUUGUUAUGUAGUGAAUUAAUAAAGAAUACAUGCAUACCUCAGCAAUUUUCAUUUUUUAAUAAAUUUGAUAAUGAUAUUUUAAUACAACUGUUUUCCUUUGUAAUCCUAUGUAUAUUAACUUAAGCACUAAAAAGUACUACUCUGGAAAGGGGCUCAUAAGCUUUAUCAAAAAUACAAAGAAGUCCAGGCUACUUAAAUAUAAACACAGUAUGUUAAAGACAUAUUUUGAGGAGUGAAAAAGAAAAUCAAAGCUCUUUUUACUUUUUCCCAUCAAUCUAUUUCCUAGUGAACAGAAAGUAAGUUACAAUAUGUUUCCUAUAAACGUAUAUCCUUGAUUAAAUAAGAAACAUAGUAGUGAAUAUAAAUGCUUUUAAAUUUCACUCUCUUAAAGGAAUUAUGUAGGUGUGUGAGUGUUGUGCAUGUGUAUAUUCCUUAAUUCUGUUACUUACUUUCCCAAAGUGAUCUUCCAGAAGCAUGACAGAACUCAGAACUCAAGAGCUUGUGAACAUUUUAAUAAGUGAUCCUUCUUAGUAAAAUCAAGGUAAAUGAAAUAAUUUUUAAAACCCAUAAAGCAGUCUUUACAUGGAUCUUCUCUGCCAUCAGCUAGUGCAACACAAGCACAACUGUCAUGACAAGAUGAUCAUUAGUUAUUGCUUUUGCCAUUUUCCUAGACAAAUUUUGAAUGCGUAAAGGCCCCAAAUUAACUAAUGCUCUAAGUAGUCACAAGAAGCUAUGAUAAAAUUUUUUCAAACUAAAUAAUGACUUUUCUUAUCAGAUAUUGCUACUAUUCCAAGGAGCCUUUACUAUACAGUUUUAUGUAGGGAAGUCCUGAAAAAGUCUGUGUUAUUUCUCUUCAUAUGAAACAGAUUUUCUGGGUAAAUCUCAAUAAGAAUCAAGGCGUUGUUGAAGGCAUGAAAAGCCAAGAAUCUAUAGAAUGUCGCUUGAGAGCAUGUUAUUGAAGACACAAAGAGAACAUUCGUAUUUUAAAAGAAAAUAAAAAAGUUGGCCUUCUGACCUCUGAAUCUGCAUGACUGUCAGGGGCUUUUGAAAAAGGCUUUGAACAACGUGAUAAAAACUGGAGGAAGUAACCACAAAAGUCUCAAACCAUGAGAUGUCCUGGUUCAUUGUAGAAUAUACUUGGUGUGAUGCCUCCACAGGAAAUUUUUUAUUUUUUGCUUUCUUGAAUUGUAACAAACACAAUUCCGGGACAGAGCUGAGACUAGGUUGCUGUCAAGAUGAAGACAGCUGGGAACCAAUCAGCGCGCGGUGGCGCUCUGUGUAUAAAUACAGAGACGUUCGGAGGCCCGGCUACUCAACUCAGAUACUUUAUUUUUUUACUGUUAGACAACCAAAUCGACAAUCAUGUCUGAAACUGUACCUGCCGCGCCUCCUGCUCCUUCUCCUGCGGAGAAGACAGCCGUGAAGAAAAAGGCCCGCAAGUCCACCGGUGCCGCGAAGCGCAAGGCGUCCGGGCCCCCAGUGUCCGAGCUCAUUACCAAGGCUGUCGCCGCCUCCAAGGAGCGCAGCGGCGUGUCUUUGGCUGCGCUUAAGAAGGCACUGGCGGCUGCGGGCUACGAUGUGGAGAAGAACAACAGCCGCAUCAAACUGGGUCUUAAAAGCCUGGUGAGCAAGGGCACCCUUGUGCAGACCAAGGGCACCGGGGCUUCCGGCUCUUUCAAGCUCAACAAGAAGGCGGCCACCGGGGAGACCAAACCCAAGGCGAAAAAGGCGGGCGCGGCCAAGCCCAAGAAGGCUACCGGGGCGGCUAAGAAGUCCAAGAAAGUCACGGGUGUGGCCGCCCCGAAAAAAACCGCUAAGAAAACCUUGAAGGUGAAGCCUACUACUGGGGCCAAGAAAGUGGCCAAAAGCCCGAAAAAGGUGAAGAUAACCAAGCCCAAGGCGGCCAAGAGCCCGGUCAAGGCUAAAGUUCAUAAGCCCAAGGUAGCCAAGCCUAAAGCGGUCAAGCCAAAAAAGGCGAUCCCCAAGAAGUAGCAGCAUUAAGAGGAUUACUUUCUUAAAGGCUCUUUUCAGAGCCACCCAACUACUCUUAAAAGAGCUUGUGGUACCUAUUUUACCUGAGCUACGUGGGGUUUCUCUUCCCUCGAAAUGGAGAUGCCAGCACACAACUCUUUCACAGAAAAAGUGGUGGCUCUGAAAAGAGCCUUUGGGUUCAAAGUUGGUACUUAUUGGGGGAAAAACAUCUAGGCCCUCUCCCCACGGAUGCGGCGGGCGAGCUGGAUGUCCUUGGGCAUGAUGGUGACGCGCUUGGCGUGGAUGGCACACAGGUUAGUGUCCUCGAAGAGCCCCACCAGGUAGGCCUCGCACGCCUCCUGCAGCGCCAUCACGGCCGAGCUCUGGAAGCGCAGGUCGGUCUUGAAGUCCUGCGCGAUCUCGCGCACCAGCCGCUGGAAAGGCAGCUUGCGGAUCAGCAGCUCCGUGGACUUCUGGUAACGGCGGAUCUCGCGCAGAGCCACCGUGCCGGGCCGGUAGCGGUGCGGCUUCUUCACGCCCCCAGUGGCCGGCGCGCUCUUGCGGGCCGCCUUGGUGGCCAGCUGCUUGCGCGGCGCCUUGCCGCCGGUGGACUUGCGAGCAGUCUGUUUAGUGCGAGCCAUGACAGAUUUCCCAAAAGCGGCUAACUGAUGGAAAAACGAAGCCCUGCCCCUUUCUUCCAGUAUAUAUAAAGAGAGUCCCGUUCUGAUUGGACAAGUCAACUGUUCCUUAUGGCUCGCAGUGAACGUAUUGGUAGACAAGUUCACUCCCCGAUAACGUGAGCCUUCUUUUGACUGGCUGUUUUCAACCCUUUCUCGCCUAUGUCUCCUUAAGCCAUUUCUCUACAACGUUCUGUGGCUUUUCUCCGCAGAAUUUAACACAGUUUAUCACAAUGCUUAAUGUUUUUCGUGGAAUAAAAA